AUGCUGACGCCAGGUGGAAACCGCCAGGACGGGCUAUUGAGCCCUCAGGCAGUCGGUCCACAUGGAGAGGUAUACAGUCCGGCAUUCCAGCCUCGUGAGCAACCUUCGCUAUCGCUGGAUAUCCCCCUAUCAGUGGAUGCAAACCGGCUGAGGGUGCAACAUGAAGUCCCUCGAACCCCGAGCUCGAUCGAUGGGGACACCUUACGUCCGCGAUCUGAGUCCUUCGCCUCAGCUUCAGAUACGAUCACAAGAUCCCGUGCCGGGUCGGAUGUGACCAUGCUGGUGUCGAGGGAAGCCUACGAUGAUGUACCUCUCUCUGGUGCCCUGACCCCGGAUCCUCGAAAUGAGCAAGAUUUCCUUGUCAAAAACAACAAAUUUGCCUUCUCGCCGGGCCAGCUGAACAAGAUGCUGAACCCCAAGUCCCUGGCCGCUUUCCAGGCGCUAGGAGGCCUGCGUGGGUUAGAAAGGGGUCUGCGGACGAAUUUGACGUCUGGUCUUUCGGAGGACGAGACGCUCUUAGAUGGCUCGAUCGAUUUCCAGCAAGCGAUUCCCUCCGACAAGGGACUUUCCCAUACACAGGAUGCAACGACAGCAGCAAAUGGUGGGUCGAGAUUUGAAGAUCGCAUACGCAUCUUCAGCCAAAAUAGGCUACCUGCUCGAAAGUCUACUGGGUUUCUGAAGCUACUCUGGCAGGCUUACAACGACAAAAUUAUCAUUCUGCUCACAAUCGCCGCUAUCGUCUCUCUGUCUCUAGGCAUCUACGAGACUGUCGAUGCUGGACAUGGAGUGGACUGGAUUGAGGGUGUCGCUAUCUGUGUGGCCAUUUUGAUUGUGACGGUCGUGACCGCCGCAAAUGACUGGCAAAAGGAGCGCCAGUUUGCCAAGCUGAACAAGAGGAAUAACGACCGGGAAGUCAAAGCUGUCCGCUCUGGAAAAGUGGCUAUGAUCUCCAUCUUCGAUAUCACGGUCGGUGAUGUCCUCCAUCUGGAACCAGGAGAUUCCGUCCCAGCAGAUGGCAUUCUCAUCUCUGGCCAUGGUAUCAAAUGCGACGAGUCUUCCGCCACUGGAGAAUCGGACCAGAUGAAGAAGAUCAAUGGAGACGAAGUCUGGCAGCGCCUUGUAAACGGAAAUGGCUCGAGGAAACUCGACCCCUUCAUGAUCUCAGGCAGUAAAGUCCUCGAGGGCGUGGGAACAUACCUAGUGACCAGUGUCGGACCGUAUUCGUCCUAUGGACGCAUCUUGCUUUCUCUGCAAGAGACGAAUGACCCUACCCCUCUCCAGGUGAAGCUGGGAAAGCUUGCCAAUUGGAUCGGAUGGCUUGGUUCCAGCGCGGCAAUCGUCUUAUUCUUCGCCUUGUUCUUUAGAUUUGUCGCUAAUCUCUCGAACAACCCUGGCAGUCCUGCCGUCAAGGGCAAAGAAUUCGUCGACAUUCUGAUCGUUGCGGUCACUGUGAUCGUUGUGGCAAUCCCUGAGGGCCUUCCGUUGGCCGUGACACUUGCUCUCGCCUUCGCCACGACGCGGAUGGUCAAGGAGAACAACCUUGUCCGUGUGCUUCGUGCUUGCGAGACCAUGGGCAAUGCAACCGUGAUCUGCUCCGAUAAGACGGGUACUCUGACUCAAAACAAGAUGACUGUCGUCGCAGGUACCUUUGGUACCGGGCAACGUUUCAGUCAGGACAGAACGGAAGAUGACGACGAUUCGACAACCGUAGCCGAGCUCUUCAAACAAUGCUCAACCACCAUCCGCGACCUGAUCAUCAAGAGCAUUGCGCUGAACUCCACCGCUUUCGAAGAAGAGAAAGAUGGUGCCAAGGAAUUCAUUGGCAGCAAAACGGAGGUGGCACUACUACAGAUGGCCAAGGACUUCCUUGGCAUGGAUGUGACUACGGAGCGUGCCUCUGCGGAGAUCGUCCAGCUCAUCCCGUUCGACUCUUCCCGCAAGUGCAUGGGUGUCGUUUGCCGUGAUCAUACCGCUGGCUAUCGUCUUCUUGUCAAGGGAGCCGCCGAGAUUAUGGUUUCCGCGUGCUCAUCAAAGAUCGUUGAUCUGAGUUCGUCCACAGGUGGCGUCAUGACAGAGUCCUUCUCCGAGAAAGACCGGAUGAAGAUGCUCGGUACCGUUGAUUCAUAUGCAGAGAAGUCUCUUCGGACUAUUGGCCUUGUGUACCGAGACUUCCCCAGCUGGCCACCAAAGGGUGCUCGAUUAGCAGAUGAUGACUCGUCGGCUGCUCGUUUUGAAGAUGUCUUCUGCGACAUGACCUGGGUCGGUAUUGUCGGAAUCCAGGAUCCUUUGAGACCUGAGGUGCCUGCUGCAAUUCAGAAGUGCCAUAUGGCAGGUGUGCAGGUCAAGAUGGUCACUGGUGAUAACAUUGCAACAGCCACGGCUAUUGCAUCGUCUUGCGGCAUCAAAACCGAGGACGGCAUUGUCAUGGAGGGUCCCAAGUUCCGUCAGCUGUCCGACAGUGAGAUGGACGAGGUCAUUCCCCGCCUACAAGUCCUUGCCCGUUCUUCGCCUGAAGAUAAACGGAUCUUGGUCGCACGGCUCAAAAAGUUGGGCGAAACCGUUGCCGUCACUGGAGAUGGCACCAACGAUGGUCCAGCUCUGAAGACUGCCGACGUUGGUUUUUCGAUGGGAAUUGCUGGCACCGAAGUCGCCAAGGAGGCCAGCUCCAUUAUCCUCCUUGAUGAUAACUUCAAGUCUAUCGUCACGGCAAUUGCCUGGGGCAGAGCCGUCAAUGAUGCCGUCGCCAAAUUCCUCCAGUUUCAGAUCACCGUCAACAUCACCGCCGUCGUCCUGACUUUUGUUUCCUCCCUUUACAGCAAAGACAACAGAAGUGUCUUGACAGCAGUCCAGCUGCUUUGGGUCAACCUGAUCAUGGACACCUUUGCGGCCCUGGCACUUGCGACUGAUGCUCCCACAGAGAAGAUCCUCGACCGCAAACCUGUCCCGAAGAGCGCAUCGCUGUUCACCGUGAUCAUGUGGAAGAUGAUCAUUGGACAAGCUAUUUACCAGCUCGCCGUUACCUUCAUGCUCUAUUUUGUGGGUGACAAAAUCCUUAGUGGCCAUCUGGGCGACAAUGCUCAACUGAAGCUUGACACCAUCGUCUUCAACACUUUCGUGUGGAUGCAGAUCUUCAACGAAUUUAACAACCGGAGGCUUGAUAACAAGCUGAAUAUCUUCGAGGGAAUGUUCCGAAACUACUGGUUUCUGGGCAUCAACUGCAUCAUGAUAGCAGGCCAGGUCAUGAUCAUCUACGUCGGCGGUGCAGCCUUCGGUGUCACUCGCCUCGAUGGUCUUCAGUGGGGUGUUUGUAUCAUCUGCGCCAUUGCUUGUCUACCAUGGGCCGUGGUAUUGCGAUUGACGCCCGACCGGCCAGUGGAGAUCGCGAUUGAUGUCGUUGUCCGAGUCGUUUUGGUUAUCCUGCGGCCCGUUGGCAAACUUUUCAGCGUCAUCAAGAGAAUGGUUUCUUCGAUGGUCCGACCUGCGAAACGUUUCAGCCGGCGUAUCUUUCGCCGGAACGGAAAGCAAGACGACUCCAAUCCGGACGAGGAUGAAUCUCCCUGGACCGAUCUAGAGCAACAGCAUACGUCCAAGGCACCACCAACACCAGUCGUGGUGCCUCCAAUCACUAUUACGACCUCUUAA